AUACCAACAAUGCCAUUCGACAAGUUCCAAAAGUCCUCUGCUUACCACUCCAGAUUCCAAACUCCCUUCAGAAGAAGAAGAGAAGGAAAGACCGACUACUACCAAAGAAAGAGAUUGGUCACCCAACACAAGGCUAAGUACAACACUCCAAAGUACAGAUUGGUUGUUAGAUUCACCAACAAAGACAUCAUUGCCCAAAUCGUGUCUUCUCAAAUCACCGGAGAUGUUGUGUUCACCGCUGCCUACGCCCACGAAUUGCCAAAGUACGGAAUUGAACACGGUUUGACCAACUGGUCUGCUGCUUAUGCUACCGGUUUAUUGGUUGCCAGAAGAGCCUUGCAAAAAUUGGGCUUGGACGAAACCUACACUGGUGUCGAAGAAGUCGAAGGUGAAUUUGAAUUGACCGAAGCCGUUGAAGACGCCCCAAGACCUUUCAAGGUGUUUUUGGAUAUUGGUUUACAAAGAACCACCACCGGUGCCAGAGUGUUUGGUGUUUUGAAGGGUGCUUCCGACGGUGGAUUGUAUGUUCCUCACUCUCCAAACAGAUUCCCAGGUUGGGAUAUCGAAGGUGAAGAGUUGGACGCUGAAUUGUUGAGAAAGUACAUCUUUGGUGGACACGUUGCUGAAUACAUGGAAGAAUUGUUGGAUGAUGAUGAAGAAAAGUUCAAGUCUUUGUUCAAGGGUUACUUGGCUGAUGAAAUCGAAGCCGAUGACAUUGAAGAAAUCUACACCGAAGCCCAUGAAAAAAUCAGAGCUGACCCAUCUUUCAAGCCAACUGAAAAGAAGUUCACCAAGGAACAAUACGCUGCUGAAUCUAAGAAAUACAGACAAGUUAAGUUGACCAAGGCUGAAAGAGAUGCCAAGGUUGCUGAAAAGAUUGCUGCUUUCAAGGCUGAAAACUAAUUUACCUAAUUUUGUACAAUGUAUGAAGAUUAUCU